CUGCAGGGACCGGCGGGGACGUCGCCUGCUCCGAGCUCAGCCGAGCGAGAGGACUUUGCGAGCCAUGCUCGCGGCUGUGGGCUCCCUGGCGGCCGCCGUCUGGGCAGUGCUGCAUCUGCGCACGGUCCUGCUGGGUGCCGUCGCCUUUCUGUUCUUUGCUGAUUUCCUCAAAAGACGGCGCCCCAAGAACUACCCGCCGGGCCCCGUACCCCUGCCCUUCGUGGGCAACUUCUUCCAUCUGGACUUUGAGCGGUCGCACCUGCAGCUUCAGCGGCUUGUGGAGAAAUAUGGAAACAUUUUUAGCCUGCAGCUCGGUGACAUGUCUUUAGUUCUUAUAACUGGAUUGCCCUUGAUCAAAGAAGUCCUUGUCGAUCAGAACCAAAACUUUGUGAACCGCCCUACAACUCCUAUCCGAGGACGUAUCUUUAAGAACAAUGGAUUGAUCAUGUCCAAUGGCCAGACUUGGAAGGAGCAAAGAAGGUUCACCUUGGCAACACUCAAGAACUUUGGUCUAGGAAAGAAGAGCUUAGAGGAAUGCAUUCAGGAGGAGGCCCGUAACCUCAUCCAAGCGAUAAAAGAGGAGAAUGGACAGCCUUUUAACCCUCACUUCAAGAUGAACAAUGCAGUUUCCAAUGUUAUUUGCUCUAUCACCUUUGGGAAACGCUUUGACUAUGAGGAUGCACAGUUUCAGGAACUGCUGAGGUUGCUGGAUGACGUCACCUUUCAGGAGGCAUCAAAGAGAUGCCAGCUCUACAAUGUAUUUCCAUGGAUUAUGAAAUUUCUUCCUGGACCCCACCAAACACUCUUUAGCAACUGGGAGAAACUGAAAUUGUUCGUUGCUCAGAUGAUUGAAAACCACAAGAGAGACUGGAAUCCUGACCAAACAAGAGAUUUUAUUGACGCUUACCUCAAGGAGAUGGAAAAGAAUAGGGGCAAUGCUACUUCAAGUUUCCAUGAAGAAAACCUCAUCUACAGCACCCUGGACCUCUUCUUUGCUGGAACGGAGACAACUUCCACAACACUGCGCUGGGGUCUGCUUUAUUUGGCCUUAUACCCAGAAAUCCAAGAAAAAGUCCAAGCUGAGAUCGACAGGGUGAUUGGCCAGUCGCACAUAGCAAGCACAGCCGCUCGAGAGUCCAUGCCCUACACCAAUGCCUUCAUCCAUGAGGUGCAACGAAUGGGAAACAUCAUCCCCCUGAAUGUGCCCAGGGAAGUGGUAGAUGAUACCACGCUAGCUGGCUACUACCUGCCCAAGGGAACCGUGAUCAUUACCAAUCUGACUGCACUGCACAGGGACCCAACAGAAUGGGCCACCCCCGACAGGUUCAAUCCGGAGCAUUUUCUGGAGAAUGGACAGUUUAAGAAAAGGGAAUCCUUUCUGCCUUUCUCAGUAGGGAAGCGGGUAUGCCUUGGAGAACAGUUGGCCAAGUCUGAGCUGUUUAUCUUCCUCACUUCCCUUGUGCAAAAAUUUACCUUCAGGGCCCCCGACAAUGAGAAGUUGAGUCUGAAGUUCAGAAUGGGCAUCACAGUCUCCCCAGUCAGCCACCGCCUCUGUGCAGUCCCUCGGUCUUGAAGUUGUCAGGGAGUGACCCUGAGGGACGAUCGGAGGAAUUGGACUCAGGAAGCUCCAUGCAAAUCCCAGCUUUGCUGUCUCCUCUGAUGGAACCUUGAGCAGAUCUUUUAUGUUGUGAAUGAUUUACCCUUUUCAUCCAGGAGAUGAAAAGCAGAUAAUGGUUCCUGCUCUCAAGGAAGAACUAUUACAAAAACCAGAGGGAGAAUGGACUUUGAGUGAUUCGGAAACCAUAAAGCUUAUCAUAAAAGUUCUAGCUGAAAUCUGCCUCUUUCUUGCCAGCUUCCUUAGACACGGAUUUGGUUCUGGCCUGUGGAGGUAGCUCAGGUCAAAGUGGUGCCAAAUGGUUGGUAAGAGUUAGAAUGUGGACCCUGAGGCAGCCAGAGGCUAGCCACAAAUGCGCUCACUCGUGGUAGCACUGUGCAAGCAUUAUCUUGCUCCGGCCUCAGAAUGGCCCUCUGGCAAGUCAGCAGGGCAACUGUCACCCCCUAUUUAUAGGCGGGUUUCUAAGAAGCAGCAGUUUGUAAGGUUUACCUAAAGAAACACUACCUUGGCCUUGAACUCAGGAGCAAGCAGAGGGCGACCACUGUCAACUAAACCUGGGGAACAGGUUUGGGAAACAAUGUGGAAUUAUCUUCUUUGAGGGUCACUCUUUGCCUCAAUUCCUCUAUCAGGCAUUUAUUCUCAAGCUGUUCACAUUGGAUUUAACUAUGUGGUGGGUGUGAGUUUUCUUGCAAGUAGAUGGGUCCGUUUUUGAAUGGUAAGUAUUACCAGCCUAAACUCAACUGAGCCCUGGUAUAGUAGUUUAUAGUAGGGAACCAGAAAUGCCAGGAUCCUGCUCAACCCUUCUGUACGUAUUUGCUGAAGGGAGACAAUGGCCAUAAAAUGGACGGCUGAGUAACACUCAUGGUCCGUGGAGUUUUGACACCAACCCCAAUGCAAACACACACAAAGCCACCUGGGAAACUGGACUAAACCACAUAGAAGAUCUUUUUUCCCCUAAGGUAGAGACUCUGUGUGCUUCUGCCUGCUCUUUUGGAACUUUGCUACCACCAGUGAAUCAAGCUCCUGUUACCCUGAUGGAUGACGAGAAACACAUAGCCCAGGUAUUACUGUUAUGUUGCCCUGGCUGCCAGCUACCCAACCACCCGAGCUGUGCUCAGACCCUCCGACGUGAGCUGGACCUGAGCACAUCCAGCAGCCGAAUGAACGUAGAUGCAUGAGUGAUCCCAGCUGAGACAAGAGUUGCCCAACUGAACUCAGCCUAAACCGCUCACCUUAGAUUUGUGAGUUAAACGGUUGUUUGAAGCCACUAUGUUUUCAGCUGUAUUGUUAUACGACAGUAGUUAACGAAUACAUUCCUACAGGGCAGGAACAGUAUCCGUCUGGUUUAAGAACAGUGCCCUGAACAUGAUAGGGCUCAAUAGAUAGUGAAUUAAUGGAUAAAAUAAGGUAGAAUAAUUGUGGGCUAAUGUUAGAUUGGACCAAUCGCUCCAAAUCAGGUCUCUGCCGCUGCGCCUCUGUCCUUGUCACCUCAUUCUAAUGACCUGUUUCUCAGUCCUGAUGCCAACUUCUGUUAGAAUCCUUUAGGAACACAGUGGAGGAGUACAGGUUUGUUCUGACCUCACUGUUUCCUUCCAUUUCCCAGGUGGCUUUCUGGAAUGGGGCCACCUAUCCCUCUUCCCCAGGCUUAGUUCUCAAGAACAGGCUGAUGUCCCUGGAUGGGUAUUUUGUACUGUCUGGUUCACACUGUGUUUCUGUGCAUUCACCGUGAGCUAUGUGUUCUGCUCUGAAAAGCUAAGAACUUUUCCCUGUGCUUUUGAAGCAGAUAAGAAAUGAAAUUAAGCAAGAAUAAAGGGUCAAAUGCAACGGGUCACUUUCAGGGGCUGGCACAGAAUCUCUGAUGAUGCCUGUUGCAACAGUCAGGGUCAGAAGAGAGGCUUCUCUUAGCCCCAGUACAUGAAAGGUCCAAAGAUACCACAGGGCUCUUGUCAUAUAUAUAACAACAUUAAAAGAUGUGGGUGGGGUGGGGGAGUGUAGCAUGGAGAGUCAGGUGACUGGGGGCCAGGCCUGAAUUCAGUUCUAAAUUUUACCAUUUAUUCACUUUUGCUUGUGAAUUAAACAGGCUACUUUAUCUUCCUGAAUUCACAUCCUAAUCUGCAAAAUAGAAUUAAAUAACACCUGCUGUGGUAAAUUAUGAGACUGGUCAAAAGACCCAC